AUGUGUGGGAUCUUUGCAGCUUUUAAUUAUCAAGGUGACAUCCACAACUUUCGUCGGCGGGCUCUAUUACUUUCUAAAAGAAUAAGACAUAGAGGCCCUAAUUGGAGUGGGUGUGAGAUUUCUGGUAACAAUAUCAUUUGUCACGAACGACUAGCCAUAGUUGGUGUUGAAAGUGGAGCUCAGCCACUCACUAAUGAUGAUAAAUCUAUAAUUCUUUCGGUUAAUGGUGAAAUUUAUAAUCACAAAACUUUAAGAAAACAACUUAAAGAUGGGGUACAAUUCAAGACUCGAAAUCGAUUUAUUGCUGCACGUGAUCCUAUCGGUAUCACUACACUUUAUCAAGGCUGGUCAUCAAAGUCUCCCAGCACUGUUUAUUUCGCUUCAGAGUUAAAAGCACUUCAGGAUGAUUGUGAUAAAAUCAUUUCAUUUCCUCCGGGCUUUAUAUAUGAUUCUGAAACUGGUGAGACGACAAGAUACUACCAACCUAUAUGGUGGAAUAAUGAUUUCAUACCAACUACUUCAAUCGAUUAUAGCUUAUUAAGGAAAACUAUGAUCAGAGCUGUUCAAAAAAGAUUAAUGAGUGAUGUUCCAUUCGGUGUCUUGUUAAGUGGUGGUUUAGAUUCAAGUUUAAUCGCUGCAAUUGCAACAAGGGAAGCUGCUAAAUUAGCUGCUUCUCAAGACGGUCUCGAAGAUGAUGAACUUGAUGAACCUGCACGUUCAGUUGCUGAAUUUCUUGGCACUGAUCAUCAUGAAUAUACCUUCACUAUUCAAGAAGGUCUUGAUGCUCUUCACGAUGUCAUAUAUCAUUUAGAGACUUAUGACGUAACAACUAUUAGAGCUAGUACUCCAAUGUAUUUAUUAUCGAGAAAAAUUAGUGGAAUAGGCGUUAAAAUGGUCUUAAGUGGUUAUCUAUAUUUCCAUAACGCUCCAUCUGCUGCAGAUUUUCAUAAAGAAACUGUCGCACGUGUAAAGAACUUGCACACUUCUGAUUGUUUGCGUGCCAAUAAAUCUACAAUGGCUUGGGGACUUGAAGCUCGAGUACCAUUCUUGGAUAAAGAUUUACUUGAUGUUGUGAUGACAAUUGAUCCUGAAGAAAAGAUCCACAAAGAUGGAAAAAUGGAAAAAGAACAAUUUUCUGAUGGCGUGGGCUAUAGCUGGAUUGAUUCUCUCCGUGACAUUAGCGAAAAAUCUGUUACCGAUGAACAAUUAGCAAAUUCUGCUAAACGUUGGCCUAAAGAUCCUCCACAAACUAAAGAAGCUUAUUGGUAUAGAGAACAAUUUGAUAGUUUAUUCCCAGGUGAUUAUUGCACAGAAAGUGUUGUAAGAUGGAUUCCAAGAAAAGAUUGGGGAUGUUCCGAAGAUCCAUCCGGUCGUGCCCAGAGUGUUCAUAAUUCUUCUUAUAAACAAGAUGAUUUGAUGCGAUACCAACCUCGUGAACAUAUUUCCGAGAGUCAACUAUAG